AUGUCCUCCAACGACAACCCCCCAUCACCACCCACCCAACCACUCCCCUCCGCCUCAACCUUCGACACCACCACCCCCCCCUCUCAAGAAACCGACUGCCCCUUCUGUCACAUCUCCCUCACCUACCCCCCCUACCCCCAUCCUCCCCCCGCCCCUGAAUCCCUCUCCCCAACCCUAACCCAUCCCCACCCAUCAACCCACCUGAUCCUCUCCACCCCCCUUUUGAUCGCCUUCCUCGACAUAAUGCCCCUCUCUGUAGGCCACCUCCUCCUCUGCCCCCGCGCCCACCGCCCAAAACUAACCGACGUCACCCCCGCCGAAUCCGCCGAGCUGGGGAAGUACCUCCGGAUCCUCUCGACAGCAGUCUCCAGAGCGACAGGCAUCAAAGACUGGAACGUGGUGCAAAACAACGGAGCGGCGGCGGCGCAGGUGGUGCCCCAUUGCCAUUUUCACGUUAUCCCCAGGCCAGAACUGAGGGAUAAGAGGAAUGAGAGGUUUACUAGUACCAUGUUUGGGCGUGGGCAGAGGGAUGAGUUGGAUGAGGAGGAGGGGGAGAAGCUGGCGGGGGAGAUUAGGGAGAUGGUGAGGGUGGUGGUGAGGGAUGAUGAGGAGAGGGAGGGUAGGGGCAAGUUGUAG